AUGCUGAGGCUGGGAGCGGGGUGGGGCUGCGGCCUCCUGCUGCGGGGGCUCGCGGGGGAGCAGCUGGGGGCGCCGAGCCGGGGGCUGGGCCUGUCGCUCAGCCGGGGCACAGUGGUGGUGGAGCGCUGGUGGAAGGUCCCGCUGAGCAAAGAAGGGCGCCCGCCUCGCCUACACCCCAGGAGGCACCGCAUCUACAGGCUGGUGGAAGACACCAAGAACCAGCCCAAGGGGGAGCUGGAGGUGAUCCUCACUCAGUCCGUGGACAAUUUGGGAAGCCGUGGUGAUAUUGUCUCAGUGAAGAAAUCUCUGGCUCGUAACAAGCUCCUCCUCGAGGGACUCGCAGUUUAUGCCUCUCCAGAGAACAAAAAAAUGUUUGAGGAGGAAAUGAGGCUGCGUGAGGAAGGGAAGCUGGAGAGACUUCAAACCCAGAGUGGUGAAAAGGCCAUCCAGUUCCUGAGGAGCUGCCGUCUGGAGGUGGGGAUGAAGAACAACGUGAAGUGGGAGCUGAACAACGAGAUCGUCGCCCGCCACUUCCUGAAAAACCUUAACGUCUUCGUGAAGCCGCAUGCAGUGAAGCUGCCUGAUGAGCCCAUCACGAGAUGGGGCGAAUACUGGUGUGAAGUGACGGUGAAUGGCUUGGACACCGUGAGGGUGCCGAUGUCUGUGGUGAACUUCAUGAGGCCAAAGACCAAGCGCUACAAAUACUGGCUGGCCCAGCAGGCGGCAUUGAAGGGGUAAAGGCCCCUCCACUCUGUCCUGGGGCGUUCUCCUCGGAAGGUUGAACUGUUGGGGGAAUCUCCCUGCUGUGGAACCUGGACCCUUUGGCCUACCAGCUGAGAAGGGCAGCCAGGCCCCAGCUGGCCUCUCUCUGCUGGGAGCAGUUAGCUAACUUCAUUUAAACUUUAUCGGUGUUUGGGGGAGGUUCUCGCUGCGACCACAAAGGGACCCUCCAUCCCUCCCAGGUGGGGCUCUCUGCACAGGACAAGGAAAGCACCCAACGUGCUGUACGUUGCUCCCAGUCAAAGCAGGACACCAGAACGCUCACAGCUACUAAUAAAAGGCUCCUGUGUCCAAGCCCCUGGCAAUGCGAAUCGGCUGUGUCUUGCUGCUGUCGGGUUCAGUCAGACAACACCUCAGAAGUGGGGCAGCUGGAAGCCAAAUGUCCUAUGGGGAGCAGAGGGGAGAGCCCUGGGAGAAGCAGCCACCAGUGACUCAUCUGAUCAGUAGAAAAGCACCAAACGGUCUGUUCCCAGAUGCGCAGCCUGAUGCCCGGUAGUGCUGAGUCCAGUCCAGCCAGAUAGGGGGAGAGGAAAUGGAAGGUGGAGCGUCCCCUACAGGAAGUUACUUUACUGCAGAAACGAGACUCUCAGCUGGGCUGGAGAUCCCAGCUCCCUUUCGCCACCCUCCCUGCCACGGGCAUCCUAACAGGAGGAGGGAGGGACGCACCCACACCAGGCACCCUUCCCCUCAGCCCCUGCAGCUACUUCAUGGGUGAAUGGGGCUAAUACCCCAGAGCCGCAGAACCACUGUGGUGUUCGUUGUCAGCUACUGUCACAGUGGCGGAGCAGUGCUGAAAUGCAGCAGCUACAGUGCUGGAAGCAGAGUAACCAGAGAUUCAGUCCCGCCAACCUGUCCUUGGGGCGUAGCCCAAGACAGGGUCCUCUGUGCCAAAGCCCCUUUCUGGUAGUUGCUCUCAGGGCAGUGUGGGCAGAGACGUCAAUGCCCUGCCUCGAGUGUGAUGGGGACCCCAGCUGGUUUGGUUCCUGAUCAAAGGGGCAGGGGAAGGGAAUGUCCAUGUGGGGACUGCUUCCUCUACCAGCCCACACCCCCAUCUUCAGUUUUUGACAUCAUCUCUGCCAGGGCUGAGCCCUUUCCAGGGGCCAAUUGCAAACCCAUCCAAAGCAACAUGAUCCCACCAGGGCAUUCUCCCCUAUUCACUGUAGCCCCCUUGCUGGGCUAGUCUGAGUCCUCAUUGCUGGCUGGAGCCCACCAGUGCUCCCUCCUGCCUCUGUUCAAGGUUCCCUGCUCUUACUGAGGGGGUUAAAUCCAUCCAUCUGUGCGCCACCUCUCUGCCUCCAGGAGAGGCUGGGCACAUGCAAUUCCACCUCUGAGGGGGAGAGGCAAGUUCUAAAGCUGAGGGUGCUGGUCAGAACCCUGUGAAGCCCGAGUUUAAAAGGCCUAACAGCAUGUGCAAAGUCCUUGGGAUGGACAGUCAGCCUGGGCCCUUUCCCGGGGGGCAUGCUCCGGUGGGCAGGGAGGAUGCAGUGUCCCAAACAGAGCUCAGGCCCUGUCUCUCCCCUGUGAAAUACCUGGCCCAAAGAGCCACACACUGCAGAAUGUGCUGCCCCUUAUGCAGCUAAGGGGGAGCCCAGCAUUGGGAAAGACCCUUAUGACCUCCCACUGCAGGCUGGGACCUGAUGAGAUUUGCCAAGUGCGCCAUCAUCUCUGCCAGCAGACACAGGAAGGUGAUUGCUGUGUCCUGCAGCCCAGGGUGCCCCGAGAGCUUGAUUUGCAGAAACACCUGUCACCAGCCCCUGUUCUCUGGCAGUGCCCAGGCAGCUGCUUUCAGCCUGGCAGACCAAGGCCAUGCUAGCCUCAUGCACCCACCCUUAAGCAGCACGGAGGCCUCUGGCUAGAGAGUGCCAGUAGGAGCACGCUGUGGUUCUUGUCCCGCCUCUGCUACUUCAGCAACCCGCUUCCCCUCUGCAUUUCACGUCUCCCGCAAGUAACCCGGAAUAACAUUGAGCCCCUGCAUGUCGCUGGCUUUGGGGGUCAGACUCCGCCACACUCUGCCUGGGUUGGGCCCCUUGACUUAAAUACAUUUCUCCCUUUGUAGCUGUCUAGUACCUGGCACUGCCAUCAACAGCUUCUUCCCUAGCCAUCACCCAGCCACCGCUAGGCAGUUAUAACUCACCAGCUUCCAUGAUGCUUUGCAGCUCAGGCCAGCAACCAAUCAGAAAAGCCUGGCUCCUCCUUUAAAUAGCUGCAAGGUGGAAAAGUCAAAGAGGAGACUUCCUUCUGCUGCUGCCACACAGUCUGCUCCAGCAAACUCUUUAAAAGGCAGUGCAAAGGGAUAACCUAGGGGUGGAGGCUGGAGAACAGGUACGGUCACUCUCUCUUCACGUAAGAGCUCUAGCGCAUCUUGCCUGAAGGAUCCCAAAGCACUUAACGAACUGCUGUACAAACAGGAUUGUUUGGCCAGUCAUCAAAAUGCAGCCACUUCUGGGGAGCAUACGGCAGUUUCACAGCCCACAACUGCAUGGCCACGUUUUGAGGACAGGAAAUGAAAUACCUGUGGCUUGUAUUUUCAAAAGUGAGACGAGAUUUGGGAGGCUUCUUUUGUGGGGGCUGCUCACCUCAAGCCAUCUCAGAGGGAGCUUGUUUUCUGAGGGGGGGGGCACUUGGCCCUUUCUGAAAAUCCAACUCCUUCAAGGUAUCUCAAGUUGGGCCCCUAAAAUCACUAGGCCUUGGUGAAAACAUAGGCCACUGUAGCCCAGGGAAAGCGCAGGUGGAAUGUAAGGGGGGCAGAAUGUCCUCACACAUGUUGGAAUUUAGCCAGGACAUGCUGGAGAUCUGGAUCAAUUGUUGAGCCACUCAGGGAGGGGGACCAGGGAUUUACUGUGGGACAGGGCCAGGAUCUACUGGGGAUUGAGGAUCACCCCCGGUGAGGCAUCUACUGCUCACUGCCGAGCAAGCAGAGAAGGGGGGUUCAUGGGAAGCUGCUCAGGAUCUACUGCAAAUAAGGGUCCUUUGAAGGAUCUCCUGGCAAUUGGGGAGGGGCUAAUAAUUAUGGAAUCUCUUUGGGGAGAGAAUGGAGGAGGACUUGGGUGUGUGGGUGCAGAAAUCAGGGAGAAGUUAGCUGAAAUGAGAACACAAUGAAUGGUAUAUAAGUGGAGAUGUCCAGCCCUGGCAUCCCUCUGUCUUACGUGCCUUAGAGAUACAUUCCUAAAGCUACCAUAGCAGGCGAGUGUUGGCUAACACCCGGCACUGAUCCAUGCCCCUUAGAUGAGUCCUUGUGCCACCUCAGAGACUAACAAAUGUAUUUGGGCAUAAGCUUUCGUGGGCUAGAACCCAUUUCAUCAGAUGCAUGGAGUGGAAAAUACAGGAGCAGGUAUAAACACAUGAGAAGAUGUGAGCUGCCUUCCCAAGUGUGAGGUCAGUCUAACGAGACAAUUCAAUUGACAGCAGGAUACCAAAGGAG